AUGGCACCUCAAUUCAUCGUCACACCGUGGCGAGACGCCAACGAGCUACUUACAGUACGCCGGGAGCUCUACAGCGAUACUCUUGAUAAACGAGAGAGGGCUGUGAAUAAGGUUCACGCAUGGCGGGCGCGAAAGUUUGAGCUGCCAUUGUUGCUAGAGAGCACGGCGGACAUCGCUGAAGCCACACUACGCGAUGAGGAUCAAGCAUUGGCGUCCCACACGCUGAGGCUGGUAUAUGCGACUGCGGUUUCGAGAUUUGUAACCGGCCUCCUUGACACACAAACCGACCUCGCCCGGCUUUCUACCUUGUCGCAAGCCCCUCCUCAAAUCUCCGUCUCCCUCCGCGAAACCCGUCACCGUAUCGUCCACCGGCACCUACCCUCACUUGCUGAGCUCCAGCGCGCUGCCAAGGAAAGCCUGGCGUGGCUCUGGGAACACUACUGGUCGCAUCUCGAUGCAUUACUCGCACCUACUGCAAGUGCGCCCCAGCUUGAUGAGCGAGAAGUCAAGGAAAGACUGCAGGGCGUGCUAAAGAGCUAUGUCAAGGAGCGCAAGGUGGAGAUCAAGAACAAGAGCAAGGAAACUCGGGCAGCGGACAAUGCCGUGAGGUCUUGGUUUGGAAUUGAGGCUCCGCGAGACAUGAAAACAAGGUCGUUGGUGGAUCUAUUGGUUGCGGAAAAGAACAUAUUACCCGUGGGAAAGAAGCUGGGAAGUAGUAUGGAGGGCGCAUAUCUCAUUUGGACUCCUUUCAUCACGGCUCUCGGUAUCCUCGACUCGUCGUUCUCGGAAGCGCUGACCGAGCGUAUGGUCGAUGUCUUAUCAGCGCCUGCACGCGGCGUGGAUAGUGUAGAGGAUGAUCCUGCAAGAGAGGGUAUGUGUGCGUGGGUUGCGAAGAUGGUAGACCAGACGAAAGACCAUGCGAGAACGAGGCAUUUGUUCGACAACGCCUUAAGUCUGUGUCUUACAACCCCCACUUUCUGGACGCUGAAGCUCGCGGACUCCAUCCUGAAGGACCCAGCUGUACCCGGACGGACGUCAUGGCUUGCUAUUCUCGAGGCCGCAAAACUCGACGGAGAAGACGAGGCGCAGGAGCUCCAGGUCAAAGGGGCGGAUCAGAUGGACGUAGAUGCGAUAGAGGCGGGAUUGCCGGUUGAGCAGACAGUAGGCGAAGGGGAGAAGAUUCGCGGGCCGCAAAAGUAUCCUGGUCUGUGGAGGCCAAGGCCCAUUGGGUGGAUACCGCCUGGGUGGUUAGAGGAUGAAUGA